AUGCAAUUAUCCAAUGAUCAAAGAUUACCUUUAUAUCAACACACAACAUGUUACAAAGAUAUACCAGAUUGUGAAACAGGAAGUUUGUGUUUAGAUUCGCGGAAUAUAUGCGAUGGUACUUGCCAUUGUCAAAAUUGUGCAGAUGAACGAAGUUGUGACAUUUUAGAACACAAUAUUUGUGAGAAAAAUGAAUUUCGUUGUCGUAAUGGAAUGUGCAUACCUGAAGAGUUUCUAUUUGAUGGUGAUCUCGAUUGUAUGGAUUCGAGUGAUGAACAACGAAAACGUGAAUUUGAAAAAUUUGAGCAGUGUUAUAACGAUAUAAGAAUGGAAUGUGAUGAACGUAUUUGCAGCAAAGAAUGGUAUUCAUGUGGUGAUGGUACUUGUAUGCCGUGGCAUAAAGCAUUAACAAAUAAUAAUCAAGCAUUGUGUAAAAACUAUCGACAUCUUAGUUUUCGAUGUGAAUUAGAAAAUCUGCAUACAUCCUCCAAUGGAAUAUGUACAAGAUCAACAAAUAACACUGACAAUAUCGCACAAUGGGAUAAUGUUACAGAUUGUGAAUAUUAUCUGCCGAAGGUGUUUUAUGACAAUGAAAUAGAUGAAAUAUUCAGAAACAAUUGUGUAAAUGAGUCAUCAUUAUACUAUUAUCCAUCUCAAGCCAUUUAUACACCAUAUUUAUACACAGCCUAUGAUCCGAGACGUUUAUUAGACGAUCCAUAUGAUAUUGAACCUCACGCAUAUUGUCUAGAAGGAACAUCUGUAUGUAAUCAAAACAUAUCAACAACAAUUGAUAAUAAGACAUGUUAUUUGGAUACAACGAUUAAAUCAGCAAAUUAUCCGUAUCCACCAUUUAAUUAUUUAUUUUGUAACUUGAGUUCUCAUUCACAGUCAUUAGCGCAAUCAUCAUUACUUACCGCUAAUGGCUUUUUAUGUUCAACUCAAGAAAAUAUAUCGUUACAUCGUCUUAGAGAUGGUUAUUUUGACUGUUUAUUGUCGAAAGAAGAUGAAAUAAUAACAAUAACUAAUAAUUCGACCAAUCGAGAGAAAAGUCAUUAUACAUGUUUGGAUAAUAAGCGAUCAUUACUUCGACAAUUAUUAGGAGAUGGUAUCGAUGACUGUGAUGAUGGAUCAGAUGAGAUAUCGGAAACUAACGAUUGGUCUGAAUAUCAAUGUUUGGACGAUAGUGAUUUUGCUUGUCAAUUAUUAAAAGAAAAAUGUUCGUUGUCAGACGCUAAACUUCCGUUUAACGAUUAUUGUAAUUCGUUUUUUAACUUAAUUAAUGGUUCGGAUGAAAAAGAUUGUCAUAAUUGGACGUGUAGAAAUGAGACAUUUCAAUGCAGUUCUGGUCAAUGUAUAUUGAUGGAAUGGAUGUGUGAUGGAGAAUGGGACUGUCCAGAUGGUUUUGAUGAACUUAAUUGUACUGUUAUAUCAUUAAAAAAGUUAACAACUAAUAUAUGGGCAUCAAUGUGCGAUCCUAUUAGUGAACAUGUUUGUUUUACAUAUGAAUUUUUACAAAAUCCUAAUAAUACUCGACCGUGUUUAAGUUAUAAAAAUGCUGGUGAUAAUAUUGUACAUUGUAUAGGUGGGAGCGAUGAGCGAAAUACGUUGACAUGUGCAGAUGGAAAAAUGUUGGGCGAUCGUUUUCAAUGUGAUAAUGGUACAUGUAUUUCAUACCAACAUGUUUGUGAUAAUGUUGCUGAUUGUUCAAAAAAUGAAGAUGAAACAUUAUGUUACUGGAAAAUGAAUAAUAGUUGUUCACAAAAUCGAUUUUCAUGUAUUGAUGGUAUAUGUUUAAAUUCAGAGUUACGAUGUAAAACAAUAGAACCACAUUGUUCACAAUUAGAAAACUUUUUAUGGUGUCCAUCAUCACGCGUACGUGAUCGUGAUACUUAUAAAUAUCGCGAUGAUGAUCGUGGAUGGUACCAUCAAUACAAUGAUAUAUGUCCGGUCGAUAAUAGUUCUAUUUCGAAAAAUGAAAGUAGUUCACAACAAAAAUCUACUAGCCAUUGUAAUAAAGGCAAAUUAUUAAUCAAAAAUAAUUCAACAUGGACAUGUUUUUGUUCACCAGCAUAUUACGGUUUAAAUUGUGAAUAUCAACGUCAUCGAAUGACCAUUCGAUUGCGUAUAAAUCGUCUGUCACAUAUACAUGCAUUAACGACACCUAUUUUACGUAUUUUUGUAUUUCUUGUUUGCAACAUGAUUGUACAUGAUCAAAUAACAUUUUAUGAUGUUUUGUUUCAUUCAUGGGAAUAUAAACAUCAACGUUAUCUUCUAUUCAAUCGUAUCGCAUAUCGUUAUGAUCAUAAAUGUAAUGUACGUAUAGAAGCUUAUAAUAUUACAACAUCAACAAAUGAAAAAAAUCCAAUUAAUUUAUUAGCAGUUUGGAAAUAUGACAUUAAAUUUCAUUUUUUACCUUCAAAUCGAUUAUCGAAACUCUUAUCAUUUGCAGAUGAUCAAACAAUAAUACAAUUAUGUGCAAUAAAUGAAUGUGAAAACAAUGGGACUUGUCAUCAAAUUCAAAAUGAUAAAAAUCAAACGCAUUGCGUUUGUCAACGUGGUUAUUAUGGUGAACAAUGUCAAUAUAGCAAUGAAAAUUCUUGUACUAAUAUCCAAUGUUCAUAUCAAGCAUUAUGUUUAUCAAAACAAAGUACCGAUAAAGAUUUAUGUAUCUGUCCUGCUAAUAAAUUCGGUCCAAAAUGUCUAAUGAAUAAUGCAGUUUGUUCAUCUAAUCCUUGUCAACAUAAUGGAACAUGUCAUCCAGUCUAUAUGGACGGAUUGGAAUAUGAAUAUUUUUGUCAGUGUACAUCUGAUUAUCAUGGUCCUAGUUGUCUUCUACGUACAGCUGUUAUAAUAGUACAAAAUUUAACUCUAACAUCACCAUUAUUAACAAAAACAAAAGGCGCAAGUGUCAUUCAACUAAUCAAUAAUUCGAAUGGUAGUUCUGAUAUUGAACAACAAACAUUGUAUCAUCAUACAUAUUUACCAAGUACAAUAGAGUAUCGUCGCCAGAAACGUUUAUUACCAUUAGCUGUACAACAAACAUACGUUCAAUUUGACAAUCAAGUAGAAUUUCAUUUGUAUUUAUUGUAUCAUGCUUGCACAAUAGACAUAGAAAAUGUUAGUAUAACAAAUAGAGUUGAAUGUUCUAAUGUAAAAUCGUUAUUUGAAAAACUUAAUAUUCCAAUCAAUGUUAAAAAUUAUCAUUUACCAUGUAAAUAUGACAAGUCACUACAAUGUUUCUUUGAUGAAGAUUAUUUAUGUAUUUGUGAUAAACAUAAUGAUCCUGUUCAAUGUUAUCUAUACGAUCAUCAUUUUCAUAUUUGUCGAAAUCAAACCUGUCUUCAGAAGGGUGUUUGUCUUCAUGGCAAUAUUUAUAAUGAGGGUGAUUGGAUUUGUGUUUGUCCAAAUUGUGCCUAUGGUCGAUUAUGCCAAUUUUCAAGUUAUGGUAAUCGAUUUUCUCUCGAAUCACUAGUUGGCCAAGAUUUUUCACCAGUGAUUUCAUCUCCCUAUACUUAUUUACAUUUUGUACCAUCAAUUAUUUUAUUAGUUAUCGGUUCAGUAUUUAAUUUUUUUAGUUUCAUAACAUUUUCAAGGAAAGCAUCACGUAAAAAUGGAUCUGGUAUUUAUUUAUUAACUAAUUCCAUUGUAAGUUUAUUAACACUUUAUGCAUUAUUUUUUCGACUUAUUCAUGUACGACAAUCAAGAACAAAUAAAAUUGAAAUAAAAUUAAAUCAGGUACUAUGUAAGUCAUUACCCUAUUUAUUAAAUGCAUUAUCACGUACUAGUCCAUGGCUAUUAGCAUUUGUCGCUGGUGAACGUGCUCUAGUAGCUUUAUUUGCCACAAAUAAAUAUAUUAACAAAAUAAAAUCACCAUUAAGCGCUUGUAUAUUGUCUCUAUUAUUAAUUUUAUGUACAUGUUCCACUUCGUCACCAUUAAUUGUACAACAUAAUAUAAUAAUAGAUUCAUCUGAUAAUUCUGUAUGGUGUGUUCAAACAUAUAGAUUUCGUUCAUAUGAAAUAUUUUUAUCAUUUUUGGAUUAUAUUGGUCCAUUUAUUAUCAAUUGUGUUUGUGCAAUAGUAAUUAUAAUACAAAUUACACGAAUUAAAGCAAAUGUAAGACUUAUGAAACGUUCAACAAUGCUGAUUUAUCAAUUAAAACAACGUCAAGAAUUAAUUAUUGGUCCAUUUGUUUGUUUACUAUGCGAAUUACCUCAAGUUUUCAUUGUACUAUUUGUUAAUUCUUGUCAACAAUAUCAACAAAAUGCAUUUCGCUAUGGUCUAUUAACCAUCUAUUAUAUUUCAUAUUUUCCACAAGCAAUAUCAUUUCCUUUCUAUGUUAUUAUGUCACCAUUAUUUAAAAGAGAGUUUUCAAAAACAAACAUUGGUAAACAUUUAAUUUCAAAAAAUACAACAACAAUUUCAGGAUUCUCGCAUCCAAAAUCAUCUAGACGUAUCGAAACAAAGAAACAAAAUGAUCAAAUUAAGACAAAAAACAUUUUGACAAAUAAAAACAAGACCGAAAAGUACAGAAAACGAAGGGAUACACCUAUUCCUUAA